CUCGUCCGGGACAGGGAUGGACCUGGGCCGGGGCUGGGCGAGGGGCCAAGGCGCCGGGCCAGCUCGCUGAGAGCUCCAGCCGAGCUCCGGAGCCCGUUGUCCCACCCUGGGCGAGAGGCGGGCGAGAGGCGAUGUUCCGGGUGCCACAUCGGGUCCUGCCGAUGAGCGGACGGAUCUGUGCUUGUUUAAAAAAUGUAUUAACUAGUAAAAGGCGUGUGAGGCACAGCAAGCGAGGUGUGCGGUGUCCCGAUGCGCUGCACCGUGCCGUGGUUCAGGACAGUGGCAGAUGCGGUGUUUUUGACAGCGCUGGGGACUGACGUUCUGUCUCUGCCUGCUUUGGCUCUCAUGUGGCGUUUUGUCCUUGAAAGAGCCCGUUGUUCCUUGGUGUCUCAGCUCUCUCGCGCUGGUUAUCCUUGACUCUCUUGCUUGUGAUCACCAUGGCUGCAGUGGAUCAAUUCUUCCUCUUGUACAGAGAAAUCAGUCGCUCCUGCAGUUUCUAUAUAGAAGCCCUGGCUAUUGUUGGAGCUUGGUACACAGUGAGAAAGUGUGUGUCCCUGGCGUUGAACACGUACAGCGCGCUCAGGCUGCACGUUAUUCCGAAGCUGGGCGGGGAGAUGGAUCUCGUCAGGAAGUACGGGAAAUGGGCCGUGGUCACGGGUAGCACAGAUGGUAUUGGGAAGGCUUAUGCUGAAGAACUGGCAAAGCGUGGUGUCAACAUCAUCCUAGUCAGCCGAAACAAAGAGAAGCUGGAGGCUGUGUCCAGGAGCAUUUCUGAAACCUAUAAAGUGGAAACAGAUACCAUAGUAGCUGAUUUCAGCAAGGGGCGUGAGCUUUACCCAGGCCUUAGGGAGGCUCUGAAAGACAGAGAAAUUGGGAUUUUGGUGAAUAAUGUAGGAAUAUUUCAUCCCCCCAUAUACGAUUAUACUGAUUUGUCUGAGGAUUUGCUAUGGGACUUUAUCCAUGUAAAUAUUGCUUCUGCUACCUUGAUGACACAUAUUGUGCUGCCAGGCAUGGUGAAGAAGAGGAAAGGGGCAAUUGUGAACGUUUCUUCAUCAAUGUGUUGUCAGCCAACACCGAGGUCGCCGGUCUAUGGAGCCUCUAAAACCUACUUGGACUAUUUCAGUAGAGCACUACAUUAUGAGUAUGCCUCUAAAGGAAUUUUUGUUCAGAGUCUAAUCCCAUCUGUAACUGCUACAAAAAUGGUAUCAUUCAACAGCAAUUUGUCAAAGACACCUAGCAUUUUUCCUACUGCUGAAGAAUAUGCAAGUCAUGCUAUUUCUACUCUUGGGUUAUCCAUAAGGACCACUGGUUACUGGAAGCAUGCAAUACAGUUCACGGUGGGUGAGUGCCUGCCUGAAUGGAUGUGGGCAUGGUUUGCACUACGUUUGAGCGGAAUUCUACGCAAGCAAGCCUUGGCAGCCGAAGCGAAACAGAAGUAGCUCGAUGUCCCACGAGACAAUUCUGGUCAGAGUGCUGCAAAAAUGUUUAAUGAACCUUGGAGGACUUACUGUAAAUUACCCAUACCUUUUUAAGCAAGCUACGUAACCUAGACAACAGAAGUCUGGAUCCCCUCUGUAUCCUUGUAUUAAAUAUCUCCUCUGCUGCUUUCCUUUA